CUCCCAGCUCUGACAUGGCUCAGCCGACCAGUGGCCUCUAUUCUACUUUUGGCUUCUUCAUCUGCCUCCUCUUCCUUCCGGCUUCUUGGGAGGCAGGUGCUAACACGUUUCAAGAACUUCAAAAGACUGGUGAACCUACAAUAUUCGAUCACUUACUCCCUCUUAUUCAGGGUCUUACUCACAGAGCCUCUUCUGACCAAAAAACCUCAAGGCAACAUCCUCCAAACCUCCCUGAGGCUACAGCAACCCAGAAGGCCAAAAACCAGUGCAAUACCACUCGCCUUGUCAAACCAGUGCACACACCUCUAGACAACACCAAAGCCACAGACUAUGGAAACACCACUGUCCGUCAUGAAAUGCCUCCGGCUUCGGAGAAGGAUCUCAGCAGCCAAGGAAAACACCCAAUGGCCAGGAAUGAGCGCUCGGCUGACGACCCCAGAUCCGCUAACUCAGAGAAAAGGUCAGAUAGAAAACGUUUGACCUCAGCACCCCGGAGAAACACAAGCUGUAUGCCUUCAACAAGGCGAACCAGCUUAACGACAAAAUCGGGGAUGACAAAAUCGGGGAUGGGGGCCAGUGCCAGCUUAAGGACCAACUCACAGAAGCCCACAACUUUCCAUGUCUCAGAGCUCAUUAGACAAAGUUCUUCCCCAUCGUAUGCCACAGAAGCCCCAAGGACCUCAUACAACACCCUAAAGACCCUAACAACAUCAGGACCUGAACAUCACACAAUUCCAUUUGCCUUAGACAAGUCUGUCCAGAUAACUACAGAACACAUUGAAGAGGCCACAUCAGCUAGGGAGAUCACCCAAUCAACAUUCACCAAGUAUGAAGGAAAGACCAGCCCAGCUAGUGAGAGUAGCUCGCAAGCCCAGGUGCUACCUGUAAAACAUCAUACCACAUCGGUCAGUGAAAAUACGAUACCGGUCUCAGCAAAGUCCACACCAUCUACCGAGAAAGCCACAAAACCCACAGAGAGUCCCACAGUAUUCCAGAGGAAAACCAUAGUAGCCACUAAGACUGUAAGAGCCACAAGGACCUCUGAGAGAACACCAGUAUUCUCGGAGACCACACAACCAGCCAAAGCCACAGAAGACAAGUCAUCUACUGUCCCUUCUCAUGUCCAUAAAACGGAGACCAUGCACCAAGGGACGGUUGGCUCUUUGACAUCCAGAACGGACCUGGGACCCAGCACUUCAGAAGCUCACCACCCCCAGCAGAGCACCCACAGCUUGCCUGGAGGCCUCCACGCUGCUGGGAAAACAGGGGAGAAUAAUUCAUUCCCUGUGUGGGCUAUAGUUAUUGUGAUCCUCAUGGCUGUGAUUAUCCUGCUGGUUUUCAUUGGCCUGAUCCUUUUGGUCUCCUGUGCAUCACGAGCACGCCAUGUACUGACCCAGAACUCAGAGGAGCCCGAGCCCGAGCCUGAAGACAAAGGGAGCCGCAAUUCCUACCCAGUCUACUUGAUGGAGCAGCAGAAUUUGAAUCUAAACCAGAUCCCUUCCCCACCAUGACUGCGAGACCUGCAUCCCCAGAUCUUCCAGGCUUAGCCCCUUUCCU